AUGGGUGCAGGCAACUACGACAUUCCCCGUAGCCCCGUCGAGGUCAACGCACAAGAGCGCAAUGCUCUUCCGCAAUACGGCUUCGGCUCCGAGGUCAGCUUCGAUCCGCUUGUCGACAGCAACCCCUUCCUCUUCCGUCUGCACACACCCAAGGAGCCCUCCCCAUUCUAUGAUGCCACGGAGCCUUACUUCGUUGCUCAAGCCUUCGCCGACGACGUCUCGGAGUCUGCUUUCCGCUCCACCAAGAUCUCGCCCUAUCGCCCGCCCGCCUCUUACUCAUACGCCGAUGUCUCCCGGCACAUGGACUGGACGACGCGCUCCUCAUCACCCUUUGUCACAGCGUCCUUCAGCUUCGCCUGGGCGGUCUACGAGGCGACCAGACGGUAUCACCACGGCAUGAAGCACUCUAUCGAAAUCGCUGUUAUCGAUGCGAAGGCGUUGAGUGGGCGAGCGGUCACCGCCGCGGAGCUUCUCAGGAAGGCUACUCCGGAAGAACGUCACAAGGACCACUGGAAGUGGUAUCGAUACGCGCUCGAGGCCCAGGACGUGCUCAUCUGGGGCUACGUUCCCGGCUCGGCCGUCCUCGCCUCGAUUCCGCUCACGCAGAUCCUCCCACGACUCCCGUCCUACUUCCUUGCUCCGGACCCGUCGCACAUCAAGGAGACGCCCAUCAGCCGCGUUGGUUGGGCAUACGACCAGAAGAAGUACACCUACCGCACCUUCUGCCAAGACAUGUCGGAGCACUUCCUACGCCUCCCCGUCGAUCGCCGCAUACGUGACACCUCGGCCGGCGCGGUGCGCCUCGCAAUCGCGUUUCUCCGCCCAUGGUUCCACAAAAUGGCGACGGACGACUUCACGACCGCGACUGCGACCGCGUGCGUCCUCGCGCAGAUGGUCUCCCGCUGGCCCGGACUUUGGUGGGCGCGGGAGCACCCCGAAACGGUGGACCUCAUUCGCUGCCUGGUGCACAUCGUGGGCGAGGAGGCGCGCGAGGCGCGACGGACGCAGGCGCUCGCGGACGCGGGUCGCAUGCAAGACAUCGUCGGCGGGCUCGAGACGCUCGCGCGGUCGUUCACACCUUCGCGGCCCCGGCACCGAUCGAUUUCCUCGUUCUCGAUCCCGUCCGUUUCGUCGACGGCGUCGGUCGCGGACGAGGAUGAGACGCUCUUCGACCGCGACUUUGUGCUCAAGGCUGGCCGCGCGGCGUCGGAACGAUACCGGAUGUCCAUCGCGUCGCUCAAGCCGCGCGUCUUCUCCCCACCCCCGCCACCGGAUGUCCCUGAGGCCUCUUCAUCGAAGCUCCUGCCUUCUGAGAGGGCGAAGGAGAAGGCGCCUGCGCCCGCAGAGCCGAUAGUGAAGACCCCAAGCGCCUCAAGCGUGCUUCUCGAGCAGGCAAGUUCCCGCCUGACAUCCGCCGUCUCGUCGCUCUUCCACUCAGCGUCGUCCGCGACGGCCCCCGCGACGACCUCCGCGACCGCACCAAGACAAGGUGACGAACCCACGCUCGACUACUACGCGCGCACGGCAAGCGCGCUCCUCACGGGCUUCUUCCUCGGCACAUUCCUCACGCUCUGCGUGCUCUCACCCCACCGCCGCGAGAUCGCAAACCACUGGACGUGA